CGACGACGUGGAAAAAUAAAGCGGCUGAGGGGGUUGAGAGAGGGCGCAUGCGCGAGGAGUGGAGGGAGGGGGAAGAACCCAGAGGUGAGACUGAGGCUGGGGGGGCGCCUCCGUACUGACGUACCUACGCGCGCGCGCCAUCCAUCCCUCCAUCCAUCCUGGCCGGGAGCGCGCCUGGCUAGUCUUGAGUCAGUGUCGCGAGUGCGCGCGGGAGAGGCGCGUGUGUGCCCCGCUUUCCCCUUCCCCCGGGAGGCAGAACCCGAUUUUAACAUCAUAUCUGAACUGAUGUGCUAAGGCUGAGAUAGCACAUAGGUGGGGAAAACUGACAUAGUUUGCUGUAGCUGUUGUGAUAAUCCUGCAAAGGAAGUCUGAAACUGAAUCAGAAGGACAGUCCGAAGUUCUGAAGGCUUUUCUUCAUUGACAUGAAACCUUAAAAAGAGGAGAGCAAAUAAUAACAAGAUGGGAGCAACAAGUAGCAGCAUUAAUGAACUUCCAGAAAAUGAAUACUUAAAAAAGUUGUCAGGACGAGAGGCAAUCUCAGAGAAUGACCCAUUCUGGAAUCAGCUGCUUUCAUUUAGCUUUAACACCCCAACAAACAGUGCUGAGUUAAAGCUUUUGGAAGAAGCCGCAGUCUCAGUCUGCAAGUCUUUAGCGGAGAAUAAUCCUCGGACAGGAAAUCUUGCAGCACUGAUCAAAGUCUUCCUUUCUAGAACCAAAGAGUUAAAAAUCUCAGCAGAAUGUCAAAACCACCUCUUUAUCUGGCAGGCUCACAAUGCACUGUUUAUUAUUUGCUGCCUGCUCAAAGUGUUGAUCUGUCAGAUGUCAGAAGAGGAGCUGCAACUUCAUUUUACCUAUGUGGAAAGAGUGCCAGGCUCUCAUGGAGAAGAAUGCGAAGACCUUAUGGAAGAGCUACUGUGCUGCCUCAUUCAACUAAUUGUUGAGAUCCCUCUUUUAGACAUAACAUAUAGUAUUUCUCUGGAAGCUGUAACAGCUCUUGUCGUUUUCCUCUCCUGCCAACUGUUCCACAAGGAAAUUCUGCGGGAAAACAUCGCACACAAAUACCUCAUGCAUGGUCGAUGUCUCCCAUACACCAGCAGGCUUGUGAAAACAUUGCUAUAUAACUUCAUCAGACAAGAGAGGAGCCCUCCUCCAGGCACCCAUGUCUUUCAGCCAGAGCCAGAUGGAGGGGGACUACUUUAUGGAAUUGCAUCAGGAGUAGCAACUGGCCUGUGGACAGUGUUCACAUUAGGAGGUGUGGGAAGCAAACGAGCUCCUCAUCAGGAAGAGUCUUCUCCUCUAGCAAAUCAAAGCCUUUUGUUGCUGCUUGUGUUAGCAAAUCUGACCGAUGCACCAGACACACCAAACCCUUAUCGGCAAGCUAUUAUGUCCUUCAAGAACACACAAGAUAGCACAGUUCUUCCUUCACCAAAUCCUCAUGCUUUCCAGAUUAAUUUUAACAGUUUAUACACCACUUUGUGCGAACAGCAGAAUUCUGAUCAAGCAACUCUUCUUUUGUACACUCUGUUGCACCAGAACAGCAAUGUUCGAACAUAUAUGUUGGCUCGAACAGAUAUGGAAAACCUGGUUCUCCCAAUACUUGAGAUUCUUUAUCAUGUUGAAGAAAGGAAUUCACACCAUGUUUAUAUGGCUUUAAUCAUUUUGUUAAUCCUUACUGAAGAUGAUGGCUUCAAUCGAUCAAUUCAUGAAGUGAUACUGAAAAAUAUUACUUGGUACUCAGAACGUGUGUUAACAGAAAUUUCUCUGGGGAGUCUCUUGAUACUGGUAGUAAUAAGAACUAUUCAGUACAACAUGACAAGAACAAGGGACAAAUACCUUCAUACAAAUUGUUUGGCAGCUUUAGCCAAUAUGUCAGCACAGUUCCGCUCACUUCAUCAGUAUGCUGCUCAACGGAUCAUCAGUUACACCUGCCGCCACUUGCGGAGAUAUGUAUAUGUCUUGGACAAAUUGUAUUUCCCCCAUUCCCACUGCUCUACGCUGCAGCAUUGCUUCUCGACCCUCAGUGACAAUGGAGAGGAGCUGUUGUCUUUAACUUGUUCUCACAUUCUCAGAUCCUAUGCUUCCAGUUUGUUUGCAUUGUUGUCAAAAAAACACAACAAAGUUUUGGAGCAAGCCACACAGUCCUUGAGAAGUUCCCUUGCUUCAGAUGACUCUCCACUUCCGGAUUAUGCACAGGAUUUGAAUGUGAUUGAAGAAGUCAUUCGGAUGAUGCUAGAGAUAAUCAACUCCUGCCUGACAAACUCUUUACACCAUAAUCCUAAUCUAGUGUAUGCAUUGCUUUAUAAGCGUGAUCUCUUUGAGCAAUUUCGAACUCAUCCAUCUUUCCAGGAUAUCAUGCAAAAUAUAGAUCUGGUGAUCAGUUUCUUUAGUUCACGGAUUGAGCAAGCUGGAGCUGAAUUGUCAGUGGAGAGAGUUCUGGAAAUCAUCAAGCAAGGAGCUGUUGCACUGCCCAAGGACAGGCUCAGAAAAUUUCCAGAAUUGAAGUUCAAGUACGUGGAGGAGGAACAGCCUGAGGAGUUCUUCAUUCCUUAUGUCUGGUCCCUCGUGUACAACUCUGCUGUGGCACUUUACUGGAACCCACAAGUCAUCCAGCUCUUCACGAUGGAUUCCGGCUGAAAGGCAGAACAGGGGACAGCCAGAGUCUCUCUGAACCACCCCCUCUCCCAAAAUGCGACCCUUCAACCAAAAGCCUACUCAGAAGGAAAUUUGUUACCGUAGAGUCCUCCCGCUGCUUUUUGCAGAAUAGCAUGCUAAAAGCUAGAAUAUUGGGAACUCUGACAAGAUUGUAUGCUGUUGUUUACUUAUAUGUUUGUAGCACCCAGGAUUUUGCAUUGGCAAUGGCUUUUAGGUCAGGAGUAUUAAACACAAAGGAGAUGCGAACAGUGACCAGCUUUUAAAAAAAAAUGUAAAAGGGGUGAACUCAGUAAAAUACAUGUUUAAUUUGGGAAAUCAGCAUUUGCAAGUUGAUUUCCUUUGGACUUUCUCUAGGCCCUGUUGUGCUUCAACACUUAUUUCUUUUUUUCUUUUUCUGUAUAGACUUCUCAUUGGAUUAUAUCAUUUAAUUAUCCUGUUAAUAUUGUGCAUAACUAAAAUGUCACCUGAAAAUUAACGUAGUUUAAAAACGCUUUGUACAUUCAUGACAGAGAUUUCAUUGGGGCAGAAAGGACAAGUCCUUGAUUUGACUGGAAUGAUCUGAUGAGGGAGUUGUUUAGCAAGGAUACAUGGUUUUGAUAAGGCACUAAAAAUAGUCUUUCUGGUUUCCAUUAUUUAUGAAAGUUAGCAAAAUUGAGACCACAACUGUCCAACAAGAAUAUCUCCUGUAUAGAAUGCCUUUAUCUCACUAAGGUAUGUGUGGGACAUGAUUCAGUUGGAUCAUGCCCAUUCACUUCUGAAUUGUAUCAUUUUACAGUUGCCUGUUGGAAGUGUUUUCAUGGGCUCUUCAGACAACUCUAUUCAAACCAUGGCUGAUAGUGAUCAGUAUCCCCAGGGAUGCAUGCAAUAUAUGCUUUCAAGGCAACAGGUUAUGCCAGCAAGAUUUGGAGAUAUGCACACACCUCUUAACACUUAAUAUUGAAUGUCCUACAACUUUUCCAUUCCUCCUGAUUAAAAGAGAAACAGGGAAAUGUAGUGUUAUCAGAUAAGCGAGAAAGGGGAGAAAUGUUUAAUGUAAAGUCAUCUUUUCACAUGGAAUAUGGACUUGUAAGUAGUUACCUUAAAAUGCCUAAAACCACAUAACCAGACUACAGCGGAAAAGGAACUGAUAAAAUAUGCUAGUUUAUUAUCUUCCAUAGCAUGGUCUAUUACAGAACAAACAUGACAUACUUUAGAAUGCAGGGAAGGGAGCUGACACUCUUCUGAAUGGCUGUAUGCAUAAUAUUUCACUUUACUUUUUUAUCCUCUUGACCAGUGUCAGAAAUGUGUGUUUCCCUCCACCUUUUUUAUAAGCAAGGUCCUGCCCAAUUGGAAUUUAAAUUUCCAUCCCGUUUAUUUAAAAUUGCUAAUGUACACACACAUGAAAAACACAGGAGUUCAUAGGAGUUUGCACAGAGACAAAUUUGGGGAAGAGGCAAUAUGAAGAUUGAAUCAUAAGCAUGUUCAGUGUAACAUAUUAAAUGACAUUGAAAGGGUGACUGAAAAUAGGAGUAGUUUCAUGUUCGAGUUUUGGUUUUGGUUUUUUUGUUUUUGUUUUUGUUUUUUGAUAUCUUGGUCAAAAGAGGACAAGCUUUUUGUAGUGUUCUCUGCAUCCUGUUCCUUUAAAUAAAGAACUGUUGACUGCAGAAUCUCAUGUUCAGUGAGAUAUUUGAUGUUUUAAAUUCUGAAGAUUUUCUGGAACAUUUGAAUGUUUUAGUUAAGUGAUCUUGUAAAACAGCUGACACUAAAAGUUGUUGGAUGCACAUAGUUUUGGCUGGCUUUAUUGCUGAUGGAAAAUGAGAUGCUCACCCCAUACACCACUAGAGGCUCACCUGGGACUUCAGAUGCGAAUGAGGUUUCCUUUUGUAUUUGCUGCAAAGGCAUUUCAGACUGUCCCAUCCCAGUGACAUCCUGAGUUGUUGAAACUCGGGAGAAGUUUACUCUUAGUACAGCUUUUCCCUUUAAUUACCAGCCACGAAGCUUAAAACUGGAGACACCCUGGUCCAUUACUAAAACUGCACAACAGGCCAAAGACAGGUUUAUGCAGAGACAGAAGAAGGUUUAUUCUGUCUUUAUAAAGACAGGGAAAGGUUUAUAAUCUUUACGUUUUCAGGCACUAGGGAGGUCUGUGUAUGUCCUGGAGGUUGCAGUCCUGAAUAUUCUUUUCUGUCCUCCAGAUUUAUAAAGCGCCAUCUUUGGGAAUUCUUUUCAGUACUUUGUGUGAAAUACUUACCAUGUCGUAAUAAAAGAGAGGACAGUGACAGCA